UCGAGGCUCCCUGUUCUCCAGCUCCGGGGUGGAGGCGGCGCGCGGGACAUUCAAACACCGGCCCGAGGGAGAAGGUGGGAGCUCCGCCGCAUCGGGAACUGAUAAGACCCAAGUUUCAAAACAUGUAGGGGCAAGGAAAUUAUGUCUGCUGUAGAUUUGCACGAUUCUCUGCGACGUUCCCUUGAAGGGACGGGUAACGGCUCCCAGAUUGUUCAACUGAGAACAAGCACAGAUCCAAAGAAUCUCAACCCAAGACUGUCUUCUCAGCAAAGGCGAAAUUCUACUGCUAAUGAAAUUGAGAGAUUGCAGAGUACCAUUAAUCAGCUCCAGAGUCAAAUGAAACAGUUGCAACCUGGGGAUGAUGACUGCAGGUCUACAGAUCUCAGGUGGAAGCUGAACAAAUUGGAAAAAGAAAAAUUGGAACUAAGCAGCAAAUUUAAUGAAGAGCGUUCAACAUUUGAAAGCCAUGUUGCUAGACUGCGGGCACAACUGGAGAAAGGAGAGGCACUGCGACAGACCCUGGAGUAUGAGCUAGCUGUGGCCAAGAAGGAAGCCUGUGUUGUGAAAUGCACUUCAGAAGACAGAGUAGACUCUAUUCAUAAAGUAAAUGCACAAUUGAAAGUACAAAAUUCAGAACUUCAGCAGAAAGUGAAGGAAUUGGAAAAAACUCUACAAAUUUCUAAACAUGCAAGGGAAGAUGAUCAACAGAGGUUCAAAAGUGAACAAGAGGAUAGGGAUAAAAUCAUUCAGACCUGUAAUACAGAAAAUGAGUUCCUGACUGCUGAAAGGAAUCGAAUUGAUGCUAUCCUGCAGGGCCAGGAACAAACAUUUGUUGAGCUGCAAAAACGAUUAAAGGAGCUAGAAGUUGAGCGCAACAAUCUCAGGGAGACACUGACACGACAGGCAAAUGAACUUGAGUAUAGUAGUGACCGAGAGGAGCGACUGAAAAAGGAGCUGGAAGUAGCACAACAAAGGGUGAAGACAUUGGAAGAAAACAUUGAGGCAGAAAGAGCUGCACAUCUGGAAUCAAAAUUUAACUCUGAAAUUAUUCAGUUGCGCAUCCGUGACCUUGAAAAUAUGUUGCAAGUGAAAAAGUCAAGCCAUGCAGAUGCAGCAUUAAAUUUGGACUUGGUCAAGCAGCAGUUCAGAGAUGUAGAACUCUCAUAUGAAAGGGAGAAAUCAAAAGCUAUAGAAACGACUAAUCAGUUACAGCGAUUACAAAAGGAAUGUGCAGUAACAAAAACACAGCUGAAAGCAGAAAUUGGAGAAAAGAAUAAUAUAAUUGCUGACCUUUCAAAACGCCUGCAAGGACAUGAGGAAGACUGUGAAAAUCUUCAGGAUGAACUAACAAAAGCAAAGAAACGGCAGGCUUUCCUGGAAGAGACAUACGGGGGCAGCAUGAGAGAGCUAGAACUCCUUUUGGACAAUUUUGCUGUGUCAGGCCUACGGACGUCAGGCAGUCGCAAGGACAAAGAAAAACCCUUAAACCCCUCUGUUGUCCUUGAGAAUUUGAGACAUACCUUGACAGAUUACCAGAGCAGGCUAGAAGACACAUCUAAUGAGCUUAACAAAAUGAAGGAUUUAUAUGAGAAGAUAAAUGAACAGUGUGUGGCUUACAAAGAGUUAAUCUGGUCACAAAAUGCCAAUCAUGAGAAAGUUCAUGAAGACCUGACAUCUGCUAAUAAAAAGUUAAAUCAUUGGCGCAGUGAAUGUUCUGAAAAAGAUGCACUGAUUGACACUAUGAACAUAGAGCUACAAAAUGUGAAACAUAACUUUGAGAGGGAGAAAAAUUCCGUUGCUGAAGCGAAAAAUGAAAUUCAAAAACUUACAAGAGCUCAUCAAAAGGAUACAGAGGAAAAACUGACCUUCCUUCACAGUUUGUAUCAGCGCCUAAUAGCAGGCUGUGUAGUCAUGAAGCAACCAAAUGGCAUGCUGGCAAAAUUCUCCUGGCCAGAGCUGUGCACCAUUCUGCAAGAGAACAUUGAUGUCCUUACUUCAGAUCUUAGCAGGGCCAGUGAAAAGGAGUCAUACAUGGAGCGCAUUUGUCGAAAUAAGGAUGAAACUAUACAUCAUCUGCAGCAAAGCCAAGAAGCUACCUUCAAUAAACUAACUGAACAGAUGAAAGAGCAUGAGGCUAGCUGGAAAAAACAGAAAAUAGAUCUGGAGGAGCAUUACUCUGGACUCCUUGGGGAGGUUCAUUCAAGGGCACAGACAUGCCAUCUUGGAGCAGAAGAAGCCAAAGAAAAAUUAUCCAGCCUGGAAAAAGUCAAGGACAAGCUGACCCUUGAACUGUCUAUUACGAAGGAACUAUUGUCUCAGAAACAGAAGGAGCAUGUUGCUUUGUUGGCAGCUUGUGCUCUGAUGGCAGGUGCAUUGUACCCAUUAUACAGCAGAUCCUGUGAACUGUCUGUGCAGAAGGACUUCCUUCAAGAGCAAAUACACACCUAUGAAUAUUUCAAAAAUGAACUCAGGACUGUUGUCCAGGUCCUUUCUUUGGAAAGUAAUCCAAGCAAAUUGAGGAAAAAAAAGAAGCCUCAAAAAGGAUUGAUUCAGGUUUUCAGAAAAAGUGUUAUUGCAAUCAUAGCGGCCAAUAGACUUCGUGCCUUCAGCCUAGGAUGUAAGCCACUAUUUACCUGGACUGAAGGCUUUAAGAACAAACCAAGACUUGCAAUUUGCACUGGCAAAGUGAAAUUCUACAUCACUCAUUCAAGACAGGAAAGUGAGCAGAGCCGCUUUACCCAGGCUGUUGAAUGGUUUUCCAGUUCUGACCUAUUGGCUGCAAUAGUUGAUUCUAUGGCUGAGUUACAGGAUGUUAUCACUAAAUCACAUCGCAAUCAUCAUCUUUCAAGCCGUUCAAUGGAAAAUGCAGCCAAGGAUUCCUUUUCAAAGCUCAUGGACAGACUAAUUGUGGAAAUGGAAAAUGUUCCACUGUGGUGUAAUAGACAAUUCGGAUAUGGGCACAAAAAAUCAUUAGUACAAAUACUGGGUGAUGGACUGUGCAACACCAAUGCCAAGGCAAGGAAAGAAGGACUACAGGUUAUUGUGCCCAUAAAGAAUUGUGUAGAAAUAUUGAAGAAACAGAUCCUUGAAUUUACUCAGAGGCUGCAUGCUGCAGAAGUCGAACGUCGUUCUUUGCGUAUGGAGCUUAUGCAACUCAAAAACUACAUGAAUGAACUGAAAAGAGAAAGUGGGAAAAAUCAGACCCUUGAACAGCAACUGAGCGACCUCAAGCAGAAUAUGAAGACCCAGAAAAUGGUUCCAUUUGAGAGAUUUGGGAGUAUUUGUGAAGAGCUGAAUAAUGCCUUGCUCAGGGAGCAGCAGGCCCAGCUGCUACUAAAUGAACAAGCACAUCAGAUGCAGGAAUUAGGAUUGCAACUGGAGCUACAUUCCAAUGAAGAAGCAGAAAAGGAUCAGACCCUAUCUGAGGCUGUAAAGAGUCUCUCAGAAGCAAACAUGGAACUAAGGAGAAAAGAUCAAUCUUUACGUCAGCUAAACAAAAACCUAGCCCAGCUGGAGCAGGACAAGCGUCAACUUGAGGAGAGCAUCCAAGAUGCAGAAAAUGCCCUCUGCAAGGCAGCAAAAGGCAGAGAAAACUUGGUUAGUUACCUGAGAGGUGUGGAUGGUGCCUUGAAGCAGGUCAGAGAUCAGAUCUCACUGUCAUGGUCUGUGACAGCAAAAAAUGACUUCACCCUGCAGCUACCCAAGUUGCACCUGGAGACUUUCGAAGCAAAGGGACUGAAGGAUGGGCUGGAGGUUGCUUCAUUCCAGAAUUUAACCCAGACUUUCAUGGACAUUUACCAGCUGGCUAGCUCCAGGGUUACUGCUCUGGAAACAGAAAUCGCUUCACAUCAAAAACACAUUGCAGCUCUCAAAGCAGAACUUCAGACUGCAUGCCUGCGUGAAAAUAAUGGCUUAGUUCCAUCCAUUGGGACCCAUUUAGAUCAACCAUACCCCUGCCAUUCUCAAGUGAUCUUACCACACGUGAAGACGAGCAGCCAGGACUUUGCACCGUUGCGUCCAGAAAUGGACACCUCAUACAGCUUUUUGAGAGAGACACCAGGGAACAGCAGACCACGUUCCCGCUCCUCAUCCUACUCUCUCCACGUCAGUUCAUCCACUGGAUCCUCGAGACCAGAACAUAAUGGCUUCCAUAGCACAUUUAGAUUACAGUUGUAGAGUCUAUUUUUUGUUUGCAGUUGUCUGAAUUAAGUAAACACCACCCCUUUUUGAAAUAAGGGCAAUUAUAAGCAAUCCUGUAUUUAGUGUUAUAAUUUUCGAUUGAAAAUCUUUUUUAAACUUGUGUGUAUGGUUAAACAGAUCAUCUGUUACUUAUCUAUGUUUGAUUUUCAUUUUUUAUUGA